GAAAAAAAAAUUUCGUGCGCUUAUGUGACGUAUUGCGUGCGCGAUUGGUGCAGAAUAUGACAGCGGUGGAAGGGUGGCUCUAGGAUCAAAUAUGGUUUAAGAUGCAGUAACAGGGUUAGGGUUUGGGUCUGGGUUUGAACGUCACUGGCUUCUCUGGUCUGCUCUCUCUCUUUCUCUGCUUGCUGUCAUUCAAGUUCGCAUCUCAAAUACUGAGCAGCGAUUGAUAACAUUUGCAUAGGCGAUUCAAGCUGGGACAGGGACAAAGGGUUGAUGCUGUACCAUAUGUAACAAGGAACUUGCCGAUGAACAGCUUCAUGGUUCUCUUCUUGAGUUCUUGUGUAUAUGUAUAUGUACUUAUUUUGACCACCUGUUUAGUCAUAUGGAACAAUUUGACACUGAGAGAUACUAUCCUGUACUGUAAACAAUAUUAGAAUUGGAUAAACGCUGGUUCUUGAUUAGCUGAAAAUUCGAGAAUCUAGAUUGCUUUUGCCAACAAUGGAGAGCUUAGCGCAGCUAGAAGCUUUGUGCGAGAGGCUCUACAAUUCACAAGACUCAGCUGAACGAGCUCAUGCAGAGAACACUCUGAAAUGCUUUUCUGCUAACACUGAUUACAUUUCACAAUGCCAGUACAUUCUGGACAAUGCUUUGACUCCUUAUGCAUUGAUGCUGGCUAGUUCAAGUUUGUUGAAGCAAGUGACUGAACAUAGUCUCUCUUUACAGCUGCGCCUUGAUAUCCGAAACUAUCUUAUAAACUAUCUGGCGAAAAGAGGACCAGAAUUGCAGCCCUUUGUAACUGGGUCACUCAUUCAACUCUUAUGUCGAGUUACCAAGUUUGGGUGGUUUGAUGAUGAUAAGUUCAAAGAUGUGGUCAAAGAGUCAAUGAACUUUUUGAGCCAGGCAACAUCAGAUCACUAUGCUAUUGGUUUAAAGAUUUUAAAUCAGCUUGUUUGUGAGAUGAAUCAGCCAAAUCCAGGGUUGCCUUCAACACAUCAUCGAAGGGUAGCCUGCUCCUUUAGGGAUCAAUCACUUUUCCAAAUUUUCCAGAUAUCACUCGCAUCAUUGCGUCAACUUAAAACUGAUGUUGUGAACCGCUUGCAAGAAUUGGCACUGUCUCUUUCACUUAAAUGUUUAUCUUUUGAUUUUGUUGGGACAUCAAUUGAUGAAAGUUCGGAAGAGUUUGGAACUGUUCAGAUACCAUCUUCCUGGAGGCCAGUUUUAGAGGAUCCUUCAACGCUACAGAUAUUUUUUGAUUACUAUGCAAUCACAAAGCCCCCGCUUUCAAAGGAGACAUUGGAGUGCUUGGUGCGGCUAGCAUCUGUAAGACGUUCUUUGUUCACAAAUGAUCCUGCACGUUCUAAGUUCUUGGCCCAUCUAAUGACAGGAACAAAAGAAAUUUUACAAAGUGGGCAAGGUCUUGCUGAUCAUGAUAAUUACCAUGAGUAUUGCCGUCUUCUUGGACGCUUCAGAGUGAAUUAUCAGUUGUCAGAACUUGUGAACGUGGAAGGCUACAGUGAUUGGAUACGUUUAGUAGCAGAGUUCACGUUAAAGUCUUUGCAGUCCUGGCAGUGGGCCAGCAGCAGUGUUUACUACCUUUUAGGGCUGUGGUCAAGAUUGGUGACUUCUGUACCGUAUUUGAAGGGUGAUGCUCCCAGCUUGCUUGAUGAAUUUGUGCCGAAGAUCACUGAAGGUUUUAUCACGUCAAGAUUUGAUUCUGUACAGGCUGGAUUCCCAGAUGACCUUUCUGAGAAUCCACUGGACAAUGUUGAGCUUCUUCAGGAUCAGCUAGAUUGCUUUCCCUACCUUUGCCGAUUUCAGUAUGAAAGCAGUAGCUUGUAUAUUAUAAACAUUGUGGAGCCUAUUCUGCAAACAUACACAGAACGAGCCCGACUCCAGACCAGUGAUAACAGUGAACUGUCUGUGCUUGAAGCCAAACUUUCUUGGAUCGUUCAUGUAAUUGCUGCUAUUCUUAAAAUAAAACAAUGUACUGGGUGUAGUGCGGAUUCACAAGAAGUACUUGAUGCAGAACUUUCAGCUCGUGUUUUGCGGUUAAUAAAUGUCACCGACAGUGGACUUCAUAGUCAGAGAUAUGGUGAAUUAAGCAAGCAAAGACUUGAUCGGGCAAUUCUCACUUUCUUUCAGCAUUUUAGGAAGUCUUAUGUAGGUGAUCAGGCCAUGCAUUCUUCGAAGCAGUUAUAUGCCCGAUUGUCCGAGCUUCUUGGACUUCAUGAUCAUCUUUUGAUAUUGAAUGUGAUUGUUGGCAAAAUCGCUACAAACCUCAAGUCUUAUACGGAGAGUGAGGAAGUUAUUGAUCACACCCUAAGUCUGUUCUUGGAGCUGGCAUCUGGAUAUAUGACUGGAAAGCUACUGCUGAAGUUGGAUACAGUCAAAUUCAUAGUUGCACAUCAUACUAGGGAGCACUUCCCCUUCUUGGAAGAGUACAGAUGCUCUCGCAGCAGAACGACAUUCUAUUACACUAUUGGGUGGUUAAUUUUUAUGGAGGACAGCUCUGUGAAAUUUAGAUCUUCUAUGGAUGCACUUUUACAGGUUUUCAUCAUUUUGGAAUCAACACCUGAUGCAAUGUUUCGAACUGAUACUGUAAAAUAUGCCUUAAUUGGGUUGAUGAGGGAUCUUAGAGGGAUUGCAAUGGCCACAAAUAGUCGAAGAACUUAUGGACUUCUAUUUGAUUGGAUAUAUCCAGCACACAUGCCAAUUCUUUUGAAAGGCAUCUCGCAUUGGGCUGAUACCCCAGCGGUUACAACCCCGUUAUUAAAAUUCAUGGCUGAGUUUGUGCAAAACAAAGCACAACGGUUGACUUUUGACUCAUCUUCUCCUAAUGGCAUUCUUCUUUUCCGAGAAGUUAGCAAAUUACUCGUUGCUUAUGGGUCAAGGAUUUUAUCUUUCCCAAAUGCUUCGGAUAUUUAUGCCUUCAAAUACAAGGGUAUAUGGAUUUCUUUAACUAUCCUAUCAAGAGCUCUUGCUGGAAACUAUGUAAACUUUGGUGUGUUUGAGCUGUAUGGUGAUAGAGCGCUUGCUGAUGCACUUGACAUUACUCUAAAGAUGACACUAUCAAUUCCGCUGGCUGAUAUAUUGGCUUACCGAAAGCUGACACGGGCCUACUUUGCAUUUUUGGAGGUUCUGUUCAACAGCCAUAUUUUUUUCAUAUUGAAUCUGGAUACCAACACUUUUAUGCAUAUUGUCGGGUCUCUUGAAUCUGGUCUUAAAGGUCUGGAUACAAAUAUCUCGUCACAGUGUGCUUCUGCAGUUGAUAGUUUGGCUUCUUUCUAUUUCAACAAUAUUACUAUGGGGGAGGCACCAACAUCACAGGCUGCGAUUAAACUUGCUCAACAUAUUACAGAGUGCCCCAGUUUGUUUCCAGAAAUACUUAAGACCCUUUUUGAGAUUGUUUUAUUUGAGGACUGUGGCAAUCAAUGGAGUCUUAGCAGACCAAUGCUGAGCUUGAUACUCAUCAGUGAACAGAUAUUUGCUGAUUUGAAAGCUCAUAUCUUGUCUUCUCAGCCAGUGGAUCAGCAUCAGCGCCUUUCCUUGUGUUUUGACAAACUUAUGGCUGAUGUUACUCGAAGCUUGGAUUCAAAGAACCGGGACAAGUUCACCCAGAAUCUGACAAUAUUCAGGCAUGAUUUUCGUGUCAAAUAGCUCUCUUUGAUGCAUCUGCUACUUGUAAUGUGAAUGACAUCACAUCUGCACAAAAUUUAAGGAAUCCCUUGAUCAAUACUGCCGUUUGUGCUCUACACAAGGAUCCUUUGAGUGUUGAAGAUCAUCUUUAUGCUGCAGUUUUGAUUUUAUUUUCAGAGUGAAGAAAGAACAUUGGAUGAAUUCCUUUUGGUGGCAUUGUAUAUUCUUCCUUCUUUGGGAAUAGAGCCGAUGGUAGAAACAUAGAUUGCCAUGUUAUGCUGAUAGGAUUUCUAGUGUUUGCUGAAGAUAAUGCCAGGUUUGACAUUUUGGUUGGGGCAGAUGCGUAUUUUAGAAUAUUCUUUUCAAAAACAGAUGUAAAUCAUUCAUCAGAAAGUUCUGUUUCAGAGAGGAAUAUUUUGACACCGAUUGUGUAUAUGAAUCUUUCAUAUUCUUUCUUGUUGAUAAUAGAAGAGGAAAGCAUACUGAAUUGUCUAGUUGUCUGCCUUAAAGGUUCAUCUUGUUAUAGUUAACGUUUUUGCGUUUUGUGCU